AUUGUCAACAUUCAGAACGAUCAGACUCAUUAGGUUAAUUUUAGAUAAAACAAAGGUAUUAGUUUUAUUUUCCAAAAGUACAAUAUACAAAAUUAUACAAAUAAGAUGACAACUAUCAAGCAAGUUCCUCUCACGUGUGGUGGACAUACUAGACCAGUCGUGCAUUUGGAUUUUAGUGACGUUACAAAAGAUGGAUAUUAUUUGAUUUCUGCCUGUAAAGAUGGCAAGCCCAUGUUGCGGCAAGGUGAGACGGGAGACUGGAUCGGAACUUUCGAGGGUCACAAGGGAGCCGUGUGGGGAGUUGCUCUGACACAAAAUGCCAAUUUAGCUGCUAGUGGAGCGGCAGAUUUUUCAGCGAAGCUAUGGGACGCGCGGUAUGGUGACGUGGCGCACACGUUCGACCACGAGCACAUAGUGAAGAGCGUCAACUUCAACGCUGACGACACGCUGCUGUUGACAGCCAGCAACGAGAAGCUCAUACGAGUGUUCGACCUCAACAAACCUGAUGCUGGAGCUAUCGAGAAGAUCAGCGCACACACGAGCAGCAUCCGGCACGCGGUGUUCCUGCACGACUCGCGGAUCGUGAGCGUUAGCGACGACCUCACUAUGCGCGUCUGGGAUCGCAAUAGUGGACAGGAGGUGCACAAAGUAGAAUUCCCAACCAUUCCAAACAGCCUAGAACUAUCGAGAGACGGAGCGAUACUGACUGUAGCGCACGGUACGAACGUGUCGUUCUACUCGUCGGACACUAUCCGCAAGAUGCGGGAGUACUCCGUCCCCACCAAGUGUUACUCGGCGUCGCUGGCGCCCAGCCGAGCCACCUUCGUGUGCGGCGGCGAGGACCUCAAGGUCUACAAAUUUGACUACAACACUGGCACUGAACUCGAGUCAAACAAGGGUCACUUCGGGCCGGUGCACUGCGUGCGGUGGUCCCCGGACGGCGAGCUGUACGCCAGCGGCUCGGAGGACGGCACGGUGCGGCUGUGGCAGUGCGUGCCGGGCCGCGUGUACGGGCUGUGGCGCCGCGCCAACGACCACGCCAUCGCCAACGGGUUCAAGGAGGUCGCGGCCAACUGACGCCAGGACUCUCCUCAUCAGCUCGACGAUACAGAAGAGCAGUGAGAGUGCAAUCAAAAUUGUUCCCUGGUACAGACUAUAAAGUAGUGAAAACCAGGUGUCGUGCAUAUGGACUUACGUGAGAGUUAGCCAGAUAAAUCAAGACUUUACAAAAUGUCAAACUAUAUUUUGUGUUGUUUAUUUUUUUUUUGCAACACCGAUUUUUAUACUCAAACGCGAUUGUAUUUAUUGUAAAAAGAAACUAAAUAGACUUGAUAUUUGCAACAAAAUAAAGAAGCGAUUUGUAAAUAA